CUUGUCUUUGCCUCCGAAAUCCAAAACCGUGUCGCGUGGGCACCCGAAGAUUCGUAUCCAAACCCUUGCAAUUGAUCGAGACCCUUGCUUGAGUACAAUAAUUCGACAAUGGGCAAACCGUUUCCGCAAGUUCAGCCUGGAGGGAGCCUGAUUCUGGCUUACCGCGUCAAGGACAAGAACGUCCUGGUGGUAGGCGGUGGUGAGGUCGCGGCUGGCCGCAUCCUCAACUGCCUCAAUGCCGAUGCCCAAGUCACCGUCGUCUGCCCUGCGUCAGGCCUCAACGAUGAGGUCGCAUUCCGAAUUGCCGAGAAGCAGGUGACACACAUCGACCGCCUAUUCGAGCCGUCCGAUCUAGACAAAGCAGACAUGGUGCUGGUAGCCAUCGACGACCCGGCAGCCUCUACAGCGAUAUGGAAACUGUGCAAGGAAAAGAGAAUCCCGGCCAACAUUGCGGACGUGCCCCCUGAGUGCGACUUUUACUUUGGCAGCGUCCAUCGUGACGGGCCUCUACAGGUCAUGGUCAGCACCAACGGCAAGGGACCGCGGCUGGCGGCAUCACUACGGCGGCACAUUGCCAGUCAACUGCCGCAGAAUGUUGGGAAUGCUAUUGAGACAAUUGGAGAGUUGCGGACACGGCUGCGCAAGGUUGCUCCCAAUCAUGAAGACAGUCAGAAGCGAAUGCGAUGGAUGUCAAAAGUCAGUGAUACCUACAAGUGGGAAGAGAUGAGCGAAAUCACAGAAGAGGAUAUGGACAACCUUUUGCUGUUCUACCCGGUGAACAAGGUUCCGGAUAUCGACAUCUUGAAAUCGCUGCGCGGCCCGGAUAACGACGUGAAGAAGCUCGACAUCUUUGACGGGUCAUUUGGCUUCAGCGUGGGGUCAUGACGAUGAUGAAAAUGAAAGUGUCGGCGAUACGGGGUUGUUUUGUUUUUGUUUGGGCAGUUAAAAUGGGAAUCUCCUAAUGAUGUGUUUUGGUGUUGAUGUACUAUAAGGAGCAAGCGCAGAGCUUUUUUGACUACCAGGUAUAGAAUGACCGUAUUUCUUUUCUCAUAUUCUUGAAAAUUCGAACAUGAUUUCGGUAAUCCUUCUGGAAGGCGAAAAGAAAAAGAACAUGCAG